CGUUUUCAACGAGAGUUAGAGUUCAAGGCCACGUCAUACGUCACACGCGAAUUGAUUAUUUUUGAGAAUUUAAAUUUUUGAAAUCGAUCAAAGAAAAGGAGCCAUUUUUAAUUCAGAAAAUUCGUUUAUAAAAUAAAUAAUAUUAACCUUAAAUUUUGUUUCCUAAUAACACGUGAUCAGUUUACUGCACAACACUUUCCUCACCACAGUAAUAAACUAGUUUCCAUCGCAGUAACACAUUACACCUCGCUUUCCCUUCCAAUUUACUCAACAAAUGAAGGUCCAAAUAUUGAGCGGAGCGAGCAAGAAGGUGCUGGCGGUCCUCAACGCCGAACCGACCUCGACAAUAGAAGAACUCAAAAAGCUGAUUGCUAAAGAAAAACCUCAUCUAUACGUUGAACGCCAGUCUCUACGAUUAGAACCGAAGGGAAAGUCACUCGGAGAUAGCAUCUCACUCCAGGUGUUGGAUCUAAAGAGUGAUUGCGAGCUUUACUUCAAAGACCUCGGUCCUCAGAUAGGAUGGACUACCGUGUUCUUUUGGGAAUAUUUUGGACCCCUUCUAAUGUAUCUUCUCUGUUUCUUCCGACCUCGACUUCUAUACGGAGAGGAUGCCUCCAGGAAAAUGGAAACUGUUGUGAAAAUAGCCGCCGUGUGUUGGACGGUUCAUUACGUCAAAAGAAUUCUGGAGACUUUCUUCGUACAUCGAUUUUCUCACGGUACCAUGCCCAUCCGUAACUUAUUCAGGAACUGCAGCUAUUAUUGGAUGUUUGCAUUUUUUAUUGGCUACUAUAUUAAUCAUCCUUUGUACACUCCACCAUCAUUAGGAAAAUUUCAAGUAUACUUUGGUUUAAUUGGAUUUGUUCUCAGUGAAAUUGGAAAUUUCAGCAUUCACAUUGCUUUGAGAAACUUGCGUCCGCCUGGCUCUAGAGAAAGAAAAAUACCCAGACCUACUUCGAAUCCGUUUACGCUCGCCUUUGAUUAUGUCUCGUGCCCAAAUUAUUUUUAUGAAGUCUCCGCAUGGAUUUUCUUUUCUAUAAUGACACAGUGCCUCGUCGCAUUUCUAUUUGCCCUCGCCGGUUUCUACCAGAUGGCCGUGUGGGCCCUGCAGAAACACCGAAAUUACCGAAAAGAUUUCCCCGAUUAUCCCAAGCAGAGAAAGGCAAUUGUUCCAUUCCUUCUGUAAACAUUCCAAGAAAUUGAUGAGAGGAUUUAAAUUCUCAGUAAAAGAGAGCAUUUAAUUUUGAAAAUUUAUUAUUUUGAAGCUGUAAUGAAUUUCCUAUUAAAUUUUUUACUUACUUUU